AUGCUGAAGGGCCAUCCGAAUGCGGCGGGCGGAGCCAAGGCGGCGUCCACGUCACCGCAGCGGGACUGGCCUCUCUGGAGCGUCCACGUGGCACUGGCGGUGGUUAUGGUGAACAAUGGCGUGUAUCACGUGCUGGCAAAGAGGGCGCUAUCAGAGGGCGUGCAUGCGCUCGUCUUCUGUGUAUACCGUGACGCCAUCGCUCUGCUCGCCCUGCUGCCCGCUGCUGCCCUCGCCGAGAGGUCUCAGCACCAUCUCAUGUCACCCAAGCUGCUGCUCCCCUUCUUCCUGCUCGGCCUCACAGGCAUUCUGGGCAACCAGCUGUUGUUCCUGCUGGGCCUCAACCUCACGGGCCCUACCACAGCAGCGGCGCUACAGCCCUCCAUCCCCGUCUUCACACUCCUCCUCGCGCUGCUCCUCGGCCUGGACUCUCUGAACCUGCAGCAGUGGCGAGAUCAGGUGCGUCUGGUGGGCCUCGCCCUGUGCGUGGGCGGUGCAGUGCUUAUGGCAGUGCCGGUGCUGCGGCGCUUCCCGGCGCCAGUGACAGUGACGGCCAUGGCGUACGUGGUGGGCGCGCUGCUCAUGCUGCUCAUCGCGCUGCUCUCCUCGCCGCCCUCCUGGGCCAUCACCGCCUGGCCCCUCGUCGCAGCUGUCUUUGCGGGCGUGGUGACAUCAGCGCUCAACUACGCGCUGAUGACAGCGGCCAACAGGCGCGUGGGGCCGGCCACAGUGGCGCUCUACAACCCGCUGCAGCCCGUCGCCAGCGCCACGCUCUCCUACCUCUGCCUCGCCUCGCCCAUCUUCCUCGGCAGUGUCAUCGGAGGUAUCCUCGUCUUAUCCGGCCUCUACCUGGUGGUGUGGGGAGCCAAGGCCCAGGAGCCCAGCGGCACCCAUCACCACGCACCUGCUGAGGAGCCUCCCGUGGCUGGGGAUGGAACACUGCUGGCCGCUGCCUCCACUCCACUUCUCUCUUAUACUUCGUCCUCCUCCGUGCCCCGUGCCUCCUCGCUGCUCAUAUCAGCAGCGCGUCCAGGCUUUCUCGGAUCGAAUAUUUCGCGCACAAUGGCGGCCUCCCUUUCGUCCGCCGUGACUACCGCGCUGCAUCCACCUCAACCGAUCGCCACCGCACAGCCGCCGCGCGCAUCCACAGCGCAAGUCCCUGCCCUCUCCUCCCCUUUCCUCUCCUCGCGCAGCACCCUCUGCGCGCCAACACCGCCCAUGCCCGCGAGAAGCUUGCGCGCGCGGGGGGGGCUCGCGGGGGUGCGCGCGAUGGCGACGAAGAAGCGCGGGAAGAUCAUGCCGGGCGCGGGCGGCGAGCUGGAGGUGGACAAGGUGUGUGCGGGCCUCCGCACUUCCUCACUUCCGCGCUUCCCCAAUUCCCACAUUCGACCGCUGCCCCGCUUCAACGCUGCUCCGCACGCUCGUUUCCCUUUCCCGCCAGUGGGCGCUUUGAUCCGCGCGCCAGUGCGCGCAGAGGUGCCUUUACGGGGGCAAGAGGCGAGGGUGCGCGAGGCGAUGGAGGUGAUAAACGGCAAGUACGGCGCCAACACCGCCACCUUCCUCAACGACGACGUCAAACGAGCCAACGCAGAAACCUUUCCGACUGGCGCGCUUACACUAGACAUUGCUUUGGGAGGAGGGCUGCCCAAGGGAAGGAUAGUGGAGAUCUACGGGCAGGAGAGCAGUGGCAAGACCACCCUCGCCCUGCACGCCAUCGCUCAAGUGCAGAAGCGCGGCGGCAUAGCGUGGGUGGUGGACGCGGAGCAUGCACUGGACCUCAAGUACGCGCGGCAGCUGGGCGUGCACACGGACAAGCUCAUUCUCUGCCAGGCCGAGGAGGCCGACAAGGCGCUCGAGAUUGUGGACACGGCAAUGAGGGGCCUGGCAGCGGACAUAGUGGUCGUUGACUCAGUGCCUGCGCUCAUCCCCUCGCAGGAGCUCGAGAGCGAGAUGGGGCAGGAGUCGAUAGGGCUACUGGCGCGCCUCAUGUCCAAGGUGCUCAAGAAGCUCAGCGCCAGUGCCAGCCGCUCCAACUGCACUGUCAUCUUCCUCAACCAGAUGCGCCAGAAGAUCAACACGGGGGGCUUUGCCUUUGGCAGUCCCGAGACCACCACGGGGGGCACGGCCCUACGAUACUAUGCCUCUGUGCGCCUUGACCUGCGCAGCGUUGGCAAGAUCAAAUCCGCCAAGGACGAGUCAGAUGUAGGUAUUCGCGUGCGUUGCAAGGUGGCCAAGAGCAAGGUGAGUCCACCGCUGCGCACAGUGGAGUUUGACCUGCUCUUUGGCACCGGCAUCUCCCACGCG